GUAGGUCUACUGAACAAAACGUCUUAGGCAUGCAUGGAUUAACCAAUCAUCAUGGAUCCUUUGAAGAUUUUUAUUCCUACUUUCAUACGGAUGAAGACCCUGAACUAGGAUCGAAUAGAAACAGAUUAAGUAGUACUUUAGACGAGGAGUUAGAACCAGUGACCUUGACAUGGAAAGAUGUCAACGUGUAUGCCUUACCAAAGAAAGGGGGAUGUUGUCAACGAGGCAAGGCGCAACCCACCCCAAAGCAAAUAUUGACAAAUGUCAAUGGAAUGAUAAAACCCGGAAAGCUGAUGGCUGUCAUGGGUGCAAGCGGAGCAGGAAAAUCUACGUUGCUGAACGUUCUCACCUAUAGAAACAGAGGAAACCUAAUCUUACAAGGCGACGUUAGAGUCAACGGCGUGAUAGUGGACAAAACGAAAAUAGCCAACAUCUCAGCUUACGUCCAGCAAGACGAUCUGUUCAUAGGGACGCUAACCGUCAGAGAACAUCUUACGUUUAGAGCGUUACUUCGCAUGGACAAAAGAAAGACCAAAGCAGAAAGACUGAAGAAAGUAGAAGAUGUUAUCCUUGAGCUUGGUUUAACCAAAUGUGCUGAUACAGUUAUUGGGUUACCAGGCAGGCUUAAGGGGAUUUCUGGGGGAGAAAUGAAGAGGCUCUCAUUUGCUUCAGAGCUGCUAACGAAUCCUCCAUUGAUGUUUUGUGACGAGGCUACUUCCGGUUUAGACUCAUUCAUGGCAUUCAGUGUCAUACAAGCUUUGAAGACUAUGACAAAAAGUGGCAGAACCAUCUUGUGCACAAUUCACCAACCACCGUCAGAAGUCUUUGAGUUAUUUGAUGAGCUGUUUCUUUUAGCUGAGGGAAGAGUAGCAUUUUCAGGACCAAUGCCAGAUGCACUUGAGUUCUUCAAAACCAAUGGGUAUCCCUGCCCUGUAAAUUAUAACCCAGCGGAUCACUAUAUUCUUACUCUAGCAGUCAUACCUGGAAAAGAAACAGAUUGCAAAGCACGAGUUCAAAAAAUUUGUGACAAAUUUGAGGCCUCAGAGGCAUGUAAAACAAUGAAAGAAGAGAUGAAUGGAAUGUGUGAUCACAGACAAGUGUCCCAAAAAUUUAUUUUAAAUACCCUGAGCGACACAACAAGGUAUGGUGCAUCCUUUAUCCAGCAGUUAAGAUCAGUGUUCUGGAGAAGCUGGAUAACAAGUAUACGAGAUCCACUCAUAGUCCGGAUCAAAUUCAUCCAGACCAUUUUUUUUGCUUUGAUUCUGGGAAUCAUUUAUCUGAAAACAGACGAUGAUUAUGCACAAGACGACAUCAUGAACAUUAACGGAGUCAUCUUUGUUAUCAUCACCAACCUCAGCUUUAACAACAUCUUCUCUGUUCUGAAUGUUUUCCCAAUAGAAGUACCCAUAUUUUUAAGGGAGUAUGGCACAGGGCUGUAUGGUGUAGGAGUCUAUUAUAUGAGCAAAACACUAGUGGAGAUACCCUUUCUAAUCGUCAUCCCGGUUAUAUUUAUGUCCAUACUCUAUUGGAUGAGUGGUUUAAUUCAUGACGGAUAUGCGUUUCUGGUGGCCACGGGAGUAGCUAUCGUGAUAUCAAACACCGCUGCCUCAUUUGGUUACGUGGUGUCUGCAGCAGCCCCAACAGUCACUGCAGCUCUAGCAAUAGCCCCAGCUCUCAUGAUACCUUUUCUAUUAUUUGGAGGAUUUUUCCUCAACAGUGGGUCCAUCCCUGACUGGCUCAUAUGGUUUAAAUAUCUAUCCUGGUUCUCUUAUGGAAACGAAAUGUUGGUUGUAAAUCAGUGGGAUGAUGUGAACAAUAUAGCAUGUACGUCUAAUUCGACAUGUAUUCCACGUGGUGAGCUAGUCAUUAAGAGUCUAAGUUUUGAUAAGGACAAUUUCUAUCUAGAUCUGGGACUACUCUUUGCUCUAUUUAUAGGAUUCAGACUGAUUUCCUUUAUUGUCCUGCUAAUAAGGGCAAAAAGGUCAUCGUCUUAAGACUUCCAUUGCCAUGCAGUGUUUUAUUAGUUAUCUUGUACAUUUGUAUUCAAUAAUUUAUUCAUUUUGUUAUUCUUUUGUAAGUUAACAUGUGAUAUUGACUUCAAUAUCUUCUCAGAAAUCCAGUAGGCUUACAAAUGUAAAUGAAUUCAUGGGAGAUUUAGAUGAAGCUUUAAUGGGUUAAUUGGUUUAUGUUCUUUAUGGUUUAAUAAUUAUAUAUUCUUUUUUGCAUUUAUUCAUUUAUAUCAGAUUAACUGAGGUUUUAUGUAAUAUGUGAUAUACAGAAAUAAGUUAAUAGUCGUCUAAGUGUACAUGUAUAUAUAACUGAACAAUAACGAAAUAUGUUUGCGAAAAGGAUUGAGAUUGAUAAUUAUGUCCGAUGAUAUGAAACACGUUUUUUAUUUACCUUAGAGCCUGACCUAAAUACACUCCUGUAAACAGCUGAUUUGACAAUUUUAAAGUUGCAGUGAAAAUGUGCUGACAAAAACGUGAUAUUUCAUGUUCAGUUUAACUGCGGAAUAAUACAUGUUCAUUUGCUUUUAUGGCAAGUUGUAAGCUAAAAACAUGACAUACUGUGCUUAUGUUAUCUCUACCUUUAUUUAUAUACAGUACAUUAAAAUAAAUAUAUUAAUCUAUCUGAAAUUAUUGUUAGAUUAAAUGAAAUAUUAGAAAAUCUAACUUUUUUUAAAAUUCUUUUCAAAAAUAUUUCUCCCUUCAAUUUGU